AGGCUCCUGUUUGGGCAAGAUACUCCACAGGAACAGUAACCUGGGAAGAAGAGCAGACAGGUCAUCAGGAUGGCUGCAGCUUCCCAGUUUGCCAGUAGAUACAAGAAGGAUUUGAGUACAGAAGCCCUCAGGACCAAGCUUGCCCGCAGGAAAUCCAUCCUCCAGAAGGAGAACAGGCACAAGCUCUUCGAAAAGGGCCGGCAGCUGGGGCUGGCAGAUGUCAGUGUUCAGCUCCCCAAGGACAGGGCAAUUUCUGAGCUCAAGGAAACCAGGGACUUGUGCUCUCAGGAGAACAGCAAUGGGAAACAGAGGGCAGCCCCCAGUGCAGGCUCCAGGAGGAUGAACGAGCGCAGGGAGAUGCUGCAGCGCUACAAGGAGGAGAAGGAGCUUCGCAAACUGCAGGAGCAGAGGGAGAGAGCCAAGAAAGGGGUGUUCAAGGUUGGCCUCUACAGACCAGCUGCACCUGGGUUCCUUGCUGCUGAGGAACCUGCAGUGGCAAAGCCAAGAGAGAAGGUAACAGCAGCUCCUGCUUUCUCUGGAAGGAUUACUCGGUCAAAAGCCAAGCUCCAAGAAGGGAAAACCAUGAUACCAACUGCACCUAAGUCCUCUACGGUCAAUGCCCAUGGGCAGAGUGUACACUCUACACAGGCAGGACAUAAACAGAUGAGUGCAGCCAAAGUGGCUGAAAAGGAGAAAGUGUUGCAGCCUGCAGCCCAGCCAGCCCCAAGUGUGAGAGUCACCAGAGCAGCUGCUGCUGCAGCCAGGCAGGUGCUGAAACCAACUGCUGCUGCUGGUAACCAGUCACAGAGAAAGGCAGCAAACACAACAGGAAAGCAGAAGAAAGCAGUAAAACCUGAACCCAUAAAGAUAAUUUCUUCUGAACAUGAAGUGGAGACAAAUGCUGGAGUGGAACCAGAACUGAAAAGUUCUGCUGCUGAUUCCAAGCACUCAAUGCCAGUAGAACUUCAGCAAGAACAAACCUCAGUGGAAAACACCAAUUUUUCUCCAAGGAGACCCAGAACACGCUCCUUUGCUCCUCAAAACUUUGUGUUUCAGCCUCUGAGUGGAUUGGCAACCUACACUGUGACACCCAUGUCUCCUUCAAGGGCAAAUGCUUUUUUGACACCCAGCGCUGUCUGGAAUUUUUCAAAAUCUCCAUUCAAAAUAUUUGAAAACUCCAGUGAAACUAAAGCACAAAAGUCUAAUUUAAAAAGUCAGCCUUCACCUUCUGUUAAAGACAUUCAAGAACAGCAAAUGAGCACAAGUUUGGAAGGAGGAGCAGGUGAAUCAGAUGAGAGAACUUCCACUCAGAGAUCAAACAGCACAACUCCUGUCUCAACAGCACUUUCAGUGAAGUCAGAUGAUACAAAAGAGCAGGAGCAUGAUGUGCCCUAUUUCAGAAACAUUCUUCGGGCUGAGACAGAGAGGCUGCUGUCCCAGUGCCUGCAGUGGGAAGGAAACCUUGAGCUGGACAUCCCAGAGGAUGCUAAAGACCUGAUUCGCUCCACAGUUGGUCAGACAAGGCUGCUCAUAGGAGAAAGGUUCAAACAGUUUGAAGGACUGGUUGAUAAUUGUGAAUUUAAACGAGGUGAAAAAGAAACAACAUGUACAGACCUGGAUGGAUUUUGGGAUAUGGUUAAUUUUCAGAUUGAAGAUGUGAAUAAAAAAUUUGAUAAUCUGAUGAAGCUCCAAGGCAAUGACUGGCAGCCACUUGAUGUCCCAAGCAAAGCAGUUGUCAAGAAGAAGGCAGUGCCAGGUGCAGUGCCCAAGGCCAAGCUGGAAGCUGCUGCCAGAGCUGCUGCCCGGAGCCGCCUGGCCUCUGUCAAAGCAGCCAUGAGGGACAGGAUGAAGCUGGGGGGAGAUGCUGAGAAGCUGCCAGAGACAGAAAAAGUGGUUUUUGAAGCAGGAUUUUUCAGGAUUGAAAGCCCUGUGAAAAACUUUUCAGGUUUGCUUCCAAGGACCCCUGGGAAACGGGCAAAUCAAAGAUCAUCCAUCAGAUCUCUGCUUUCUUCUCCUCUCUGUAAGCCUGAGGAUGCACCUGCAAAACAAACCCCAUCAGCCCUCAACCUCCACCCAGCCCAGAGUCUGAAAAUGGACCAACUCCCCACUGAACAAACUCCCCCCCUGCAUAAACUCCCUGAAAGUCUUGAACAAAGCAUUUCUGUGGCUGCAGAAGAAACGUGUCUGGCUGCUGGCACAGCAGAGGGAAAUAAGGUCCUGGGAGAUUGUAGCAGUGAAUCAAAAGCAGUGGAUGGCAUGGAAGAGAUGGAGCUGUCUGCUGCAGAGCAGGGCCAGGACAUCACCAUGUGCAGCCCAGAGAAGGAGACAAACCCUGCUCAGCCUGGACAGCCACAGAUCCAUCAGCCAGAUGUUUCAUGUAGUGAUUUGACACUCAUUGACAGAAAUCCUUUUGAUAUGCCAGUGCUGGAUGCUCAGCUCCCCUUCACUCCAGUCAAGACCAAAGCCCAGAAGUUUGCAGCAGCUGAAGUAUUCAGUGACCUCAUCGUGUUUUCUCCCAUUGGUCCCUCUGGGGAUCAAUGA